AUGCUGCAUGACCUGGGACUCAUAGAUGAAGUUCCAUCCUGGUACUCUCCGGCCAAGCCAAAACCUGUAUACGAGUCGGAUGACAUGCAAGCUUACUGGGACGUGCCAGUUUUUGGAAAUCAUGAAGAGGUGAAAUGCAACAGAGUUGACGCCCAAAUCGUCAACCACAAGACUAAGCGGGUUAUUACACUCUAGACGAGCUCUCUGUGGGUCAAAAACAAAGAGAAGAAGAACGAAGAGAAGACCGUAAAGUCUGCCCCCCCCCACCCCCUGUCGGGAAUUAA